AUGACCGAAAGAGUGCCUGAUGCGAUGCAUCAGAUAGACAUUGUUUUCCCGCACGGGACAAACGUUGAUCUGGAACCAGAUGAGGUCAGCACUCGGGAAAGGGGUCUACGGCAGUCCGAGGCAUGGCCAUCCUCGACAGCAUCACUCCGAUCAAGCAUUGUACGGGCACGUGAGGAGAACGGACGAAUCUAUCACGGAUACAAGGACGGGAAAUAUGUCUUGCCCACUGAUCAGGAAGAACUCGAUCGACAAGGCGAGGCACACCCAGAAGCCGAAGUUGUCGGCGUAGAUCUCUCGCCCGUCCAGCCUGGCUUCACACCGCCAAACGUGCAUUACGAAAUCGACGACCUCGAGGAGGAGUGGAGCUUUUCUAGAAAGUUUGACUAUGUUCACUCUAACGAGGUCUCGAGCAACCUAAACCCCGGGGGUUGGUUUGAGAUCCAGGAUAUCGACUUCCCCAUGAGGUGUGACGAUGAAACAAUCCCGCCAGACUGCGACCUCGGCAGAUGGAACGAGCUGAUGAUGGAGGCCGGCCAAAGGUCGGGCUUCCUCCUGGAUACCUGCGGCAGGGCGGCCGAGAUGAUGGCGAGCGUUGGAUUCGUCGAUAUUGUGCGGAUCCAGUUCAAGUGGCCAAUCAACCAGUGGCCGCGCGACGUCAAGCACAAGACCCUGGGCGUCUGGACAGAAGCCAACUUCAGUGUCGGGCUCGAGUCCAUGACGUUGGCCCUCUUCACCCGCUUCAUGGGUUGGAGGAAGGAGGAGGUCUGGGACUUUAGCGCCAAUGUCAUUGCAGAGUGGCGUGAUGCGAGUGGUGGCUUGAUCAGGAAGCGUGCCGACACGAAUGCUGUCAGACCCUCGCCGUCGCCUGUCGCGGCUGCAUGA